CAAGAGGUUCCCCGCACCUUCCACGAAAGAGUAACCCCUUUAGACAAGAAAAUUAAAAUCAGCCUCCAAAUUGUUCAAGCAAAAAUAGUGCCUAGCAACAACCCUUCCCGUCUCUUCGACCCUUUACAAAAAAAAACACUAAUUUUUCCUUUACAAAAACCUUCGUCUGUACCAGAAAUUGUCAAUUUCUCAUCAACCAAUCCAUCACUCUUUCCUUCCAUUCUUCAUCUGACUAUAUAAAUGCACAUACCCAGAUUAACAACUUCCCCACAAAAAAAGUUCCUCUCUUUAUUCUCACUAUAGAGCCCAAACUCCAUUCCUUUUCUUUCUUUUUUAGUCACAAGUGUAGUGUUGCAUUGAGAAAUUAACUAAGACUAAUUAACCAAUUAGCACCAAUGGCGUCGAAGAAGAACACGGUUGUUUUUGAGGACUACUUCCCUGCAAUGAUGGAGAAACUGGGCACUGAGGGGUUCAUGAAGGAGCUGACAAACGGAUUUCAGUUGCUGAUGGACAGAGAGAAGAAGGUGAUAACGUUUGAGAGCUUGAAGAAGAACUCUGCAUUGCUUGGGUUGGAAGGGAUGAACGAUGAUGAGUUAAGGUGCAUGCUGAGAGAAGGUGACCUUGAUGGUGAUGGUGCUCUGGAUGAGAUGGAGUUUUGCACCCUCAUGUUCAGGUUGAGUCCUGCUUUGAUGAACAACUCCAAGGAACUUUUGGAGGAAGCCAUAUACCCUUUUCAUUAGUCCUUUUUUUAUCCAUAGAAUUUGCAAUACUGACGCGUUUUGCUCAACCAAGUAAGUUAGAUCCCUUGAUCUUUUCUCUUUUCUUUCUAUCAUUUUCUUUGUCCUCUUUUCACUCUCACUCAGCUCCUUAAUCUUGUGUGUUCUAAGGUGGUUUUCAUUUCUUGUUUUUGGUUUCUUUUUUAGUAUUUUUUUUAUGGAGCUGUUCUGUAGUGUGUAAUUGCGGAUUUCUGGUUAGUUGGUUGAAGUCUUAUUCAACAAUGCCAUGCCACAUAUUAAGUUAUUACUAUUACUCUUUAUUUUUGUCUAUCAGGUUGCCUCCUACCAUACGCGGUAAGCUAUACAUGCUGUUAUGCAUCAA